GUUCUCCCGGGCGGGGCACCGACCCAUCCUCCGGAGACGUUUGGGGCUCUGGCGCUGCGGCCUUAGAUAUUCGAUCACCCUCGCCAACUAUUAUCUGGAGUGCCUGGCCCCUUGCGAGCGCGAAGACACGCUUCUGCCCAAGCUCUACCCGCUCUACAAGCGCCGAGAUUACGAUGGCUUCUGUGCGCUACUGCAUGUCUUCGCGGCUCGUGCCGUGUGGCCGGAAGAGAUCGCAGCGAAUGACUGGAUGGGGAAUGCCAGUGAUGGCGAUCUCCGGCCGCUUUGCUCGCCCAUCUCGCCAGAUGCAGGCCCCAACCUUUGCGAACCGGCAAUGCCGCUUCUGCCACUGCGCCGCGUUUCGCUGGGCGGUCUCACUGUGCCCAGAGCGCGUGACGAGGAGUACUUCCUCACACGACAUCUGCGCAGUCGGCUUCAUGGACUUCUCCAAGCGCUGCUGGGCCGCAAGGCGCAAGAGAAAUCCCGGGGCUUCCGUCGGAUCUCCCAGACC